CGAAUCGAAUUUGCAAACUGGGUGUACCAUAUUUCACUCGAAUCGUGUUCUUUUCUUACUUUCAUUGCCAUUCUCAUUCUCAUAUUUUAAUUAUUAUAUUCUUUUUCUUUACUUUGUGUGAAAGAAAGAUACAUCUCUGAUCUCCCCCCCUGAAAUUUCCAAUAAUAAUAAAAAUGGUGGCCAGAAAGUUCACAGUCUUUCACAAAGAUUCAAACUUGGAUAUUGAUUAUGACACUGAAGAUGGUUUUGAAGUUUUCAAAUUUCAGUUAUUUUCCCUCACUGCUGUUCCUCCUGAUCAACAAAAGAUAUUUGGAUGUGACCCUGAUGAUGGGAGUGAUCGAAUUGUUUCGGAUGACUCUGAUCUUGCUUCGAUUUCCGAUAAGCUUCGGUUAGUUUCCAUUGAUGAUGAAAAUGAUGAAAUUGAUAGUGCCCCUAAGUUGGAAUCUCAGGUUGUUAAAUCUGAUGAAGAACUAGCUCGAAUGCUGCAGGCAGAAGAAGAAGCAUUAAUGUUUCAGCAGUUUGCUGUUAGUGGAGACAAUAGGGAAUUUGAACUAAGACUUCGGCCUUAUAUCGAUCAAGUUCUUUUGUACGAAGAUCCACAUCGGCAGGAAGCGGCAAGGAAAACAGUACCUGUUGACAAUCUUGAAGAGAAAGCAUUAGUUGCUUUAGCUAAGGAGGGGAACUUCAAUCCAUCCAAAAGUGAACGUGAUCAUGCAUUCCUGCUGCAACUUCUUUACUGGUUCAAACAGACCUUUAAGUGGGUGAAUUCGCCUCCCUGUGAAGGUUGUGGCAAUGAAACUGUCAAUCAAGGAAUGGGUGUAGCAAAUUCGUCAGAGAGUGCCUAUGGAGCUUCUCGAGUAGAACUUUACCGUUGUAAGGCAUGUUCAAGAAUCACUCGUUUCCCACGGUAUAAUGACCCUACUAAGCUUCUUGAAACAAAGAAGGGGCGUUGUGGGGAGUGGGCCAAUUGCUUUUCACUCUAUUGUCGCUCUUUUGGCUAUGAAACUCGUUUGAUACUGGAUUUCACUGAUCAUGUGUGGACAGAGUGCUAUUCAAUAUUCUUGGGACGAUGGAUGCAUCUUGAUCCCUGUGAAGGAAUAUAUGAUACCCCAUUACUAUAUGAAAAAGGGUGGAACAAGAAAUUGAACUAUGCUAUUGCUAUUGCAAAAGACGGUGUCCAUGAUGUCACUAGACGUUACACCAGAAAGUGGCAUGAGGUUCUAUCUCGCCGAAACAUGACAACAGAAGCCGCUGUAUCCAACAUUCUUGGAAAUCUAACAAGAGAAUGUAGAAGGAACUUGACAUCAGUGAUGCCUGUGCUUGAAGAACGCGACCGUAAUGAAGUAGAAGAGCUCAAUAAAUAUAUACACUCCCAAGAUAACGAUUCUUUAUCCUUACCAGGAAGACUAAGUGGGGACAAGGAAUGGCGCACAUUAAGAUCUGAGAUUGGUUCAGAUUCAUUAAGUUCAUCAUCUUGCCCUGUUCGUAAAUGUGUAGAUGAACAUGUUUCAAGAAUUUAUAAUGCAUUCUCUCCUUUCAUUUCUCGGUUGGUAGAGUUUUCUUCCAAACAUAAAGCUCUUGAAGCCCUUCGUUUAAUCAGAACGGUUUUGGCAGAUCUCAAAAAAAGUCCGUUUAAAACAAGGAAAGUUGUUAUCGAUUUAGAUCUAAUUCGUGAACUCUUGGCGUCUUUUAAUCCAAUGCUUGAUGCUCUUUCUUUGAAAAGCAAGCAAGAAGCGAAUGGAAAAGUUGAAAUUUUUUUAGCAGAUGAUCCUGUAAAAGCCUCCCUUGCAUUACCUGUUGUAUUUCAUGCCCUUGAUGAUGUGAUCUAUCACAUAAACAAGUGUGAUACUUUAAGUAAACUGUCUCUUUCUUGGCCUCUACUAAAGCUAAACAGAAUAUGUUCUGGUUCAGUUCUUGCAAGCGGGGAGGAGCUUCCUUUCGGGAUUGCGACAUCAGCUUUUGAUGGAACCCGUUUGUCAAAAUGGGAAGAACCAAAUGGUGCCAAAGGUUGUUGGUUAAUAUACAAAGGGAUAGGGGACCAGGCCUAUGAAUUGUGCUCAUAUGAACUAAUGUCGGCCAAUGAUGCGCCAGAAAGGGAUCCAAAGGACUGGGUGAUUGAAGGCAGUGAUGAUGGUGGUUCCAGCUGGCAUGUUUUAGAUGAACAAACCUCUCAGAUGUUCAACAAUCGUUUCCAGAGAAAAGCAUACAAAGUCAAGUUGCAGGGAUUUUCUGCCAAUAUAUUCAGGUUACGGUUUUUAUCUGUUCGUGAUGGACUAGCUACUUCACGGUUUCAAAUAGGUAGCAUCGACCUAUUCGCUAAUAGCAACAUGAACUAAAUAUUAUUUUGGUGAUUGGCUAAUAAGGGAACCAUAGUGAAUGUUGUAACAACUCCCAUUACUUUACUCCUAUUUUCUAUGUAUCAUUCUUACAUGUACAACAGAGUAUUGUGUAGCAUUAGAUCGAAGCAUUAACUCCUGUUUACUGUAAACCUAGGUUAUUGUGUUUGAAUAUUUGUAUUGUCAGAAAAGAGUAAAAUAAAACCCGAUAAUGUAUUAUAUGAAA